AAAAAUGAUGGCAUGAAACUUUGACAACCAGGAAAGAGCCAAGCGAAGGAACAAGCUCAAAGACAAUCAACAAUGGCAGAAGCAAGUAAAACGUAUGCAGUUGUGACAGGGGCAAACAAAGGGGUUGGAUUUGGAAUUGUUAAGCAAUUGGCUUCAAAGGGGGUCAUAGUAGUGUUAACUGCAAGAGAUGAGAAGAGGGGUCUUGAAGCUGUUGAGAAAUUGAAAGAUUUUGGGCUCUCUGAGCUUGUGGUUUUUCAUCAGCUUGAUGUUACAGAUUCUGCUAGCAUUGCUUCCCUUGCAGAUUUUGUCAAAACCCAAUUCGCGAAACUCGAUAUCUUGGUAAACAAUGCAGGAAUCAAUGGAAGCAUGGUAGACCCUGAAAGUUUCAGGUCAGCUGUAAGUGGUAAGAAGCCAGAAGAAAUCAAUUUUAGUGAAAUAUCGACGACACCAAACUACGAGUUAGCAGAAGAAUGCCUUAAAACAAACUACUAUGGUGCCAAAAGUGUGACUGAAGCGCUUUUGCCCCUCCUCCAGCUAUCGGAUUCACCAAGAAUCGUUAAUGUUUCUUCCCUUCUUGCUAAGCUGACGAAUUUUCCAAAUGGAAGGGCCAAAGAGGUACUUAGUGAUGCUGAGAGCAUUACAGAAGAGAGAAUAGAAGCUGUUUUGAGUGAGUUUUUGGAAGACUAUAAACAUGAUUUGCUAGAAACCAAAGGCUGGUCUCACAUCUUUCCAGCGUACAAAGUCUCGAAAGCAGCCUUGAAUGCGUACACUAGGAUUCUGGCCAAGAAGUAUCUGAAUUUCUGCAUCAACUGUGGGAGCCCUGGGUUAGUAAAAACAGAUAUGAGCUUCAAUCUUGGUGUCUUAACCAUCGAUGAAGGUGCUGAAAGCAUCGUCAGGUUGGCGCUACUCCCCAAUGGUGGUCCUACUGGCCUAUACUUUGUCCGCAAAGAAAAUAUACCAUUUUGAAUACUUCUGUUUGUACGACCGUACUCGUUUCUUGCAGUAUAAGUCAAUGUGAUUACUACAAUUUGAGGUUUCAGGAUGAACACUUCCUUCUCCGAGAUGCUGAAGGGCAUAAAGAAAUCGAUUAGAGUUGUUUCGAUACAAUGAUAAAUCUUGAUUGGAGUUAAAAUAUAAGUUUGAGUCGUUUUUAGUUUCCAGGUUU